GCCAUGACAGUGCCUGAGGAGGGGGAAAAAGGGGAGGGGAAGAGGGUGACUUGACCAUAAUAAUAAACGCGGUCCCACCUUCCUCGUGCCUUCCUACCCUGCCAUGCUGGAGAAUCCGUUGUUUUACCUCGGGUCUUCUCUCGGGACGUCAAAAAGGAUCCGGGUGGAUCUGGAAAAUGAAUUGGUAACAAGUGUGCUUCAUUGUCUUUUUGUGUGUGAGUGAUGUCAGUGCCAACGAUACCUGAAUCUUACAGUCAUGUACUGUCAGAAUUUGAAUGCCUUGAUCCAUUGCUUUCUGCUCUCAGAUUGGAUUCUAGUCGUCUCAAGUGCACGUGUGUAGCAGUUUCUCGAAAAUGGCUGGCACUAGGUAGUUCAGGUGGAGGUCUGAACCUUAUUCAGAGGGAGAGCUGGAAACAGAGGCUUUUUCUCACUCAUAAGGAAGGUGCCAUUUCCCGCAUUGCCUUUUGCUUACACGAUGAGGACUAUGUUGCUGUAUCUACAAGUCAAGGCCUCAUUGUUGUCUGGGAACUGAAUCAGGAACGUCGUGGGAAGCCAGAGAGAAUUUAUAUUUCAUCUGAGCACAAAGGCAGAAAAGUGACAGCUCUGUGUUGGGAUACUAACGCACUACGUGUUUUUGUUGGAGAUCAUGUGGGGAAAGUAUCUGCUAUCAAAAUUAAUACAUCUAAACAAGGAAAGGCCACCACCUCGUUUGUGAUGUUUCCUGUUCAGAUUAUAACCACUGUUGAUUCUCGUGUUGUUCAGCUCGAUUAUUUGGAUGGCAGGUUGCUUAUCUCUUCUCUUACUCGCUGUUACUUAUGUGACACAGAGAGGGAAAAGUUUUGGAAAAUUGGAAAUAAGGAGAGAGAUGGUGAAUAUGGAGCAUGUUUUUUCCCUGUUGGAAGGACGUGUGGAAGCCAGCAGUCUCUGAUAUAUUGUGCACGUCCUGGUUCACGGAUGUGGGAGGUGAACUUUGAAGGAGACGUGCUAAGUACACAUCAGUUCAAGCAGCUUCUUUCAUCAUCGCCUCUCCCUAUUGUUACUCUAAGGGAGGAUUUGGAGUGUACUGUUUCUGCCUGCUCCCCUCAGUCGUUGGCUUUCCCCAGGCUGCUUUAUUUGAGUGACCACUGUGUCAUGACAUGGACAGAAAGAGGCAUUUAUAUUUUUCUUCCCCAGAAUAUUCAAGUUUUGGUCUGGAGUGAAAUUAAAGAUAUUCAAGAUAUUGCAGUACAUAAAAAUGAACUCUUCUGUUUGCACACCAAUGGAAAAGUCUCCCAUCUUUCUCUUCUGCCUGUUGAAAAAUGCAUAGAACGUUUACUUAGGCGAAGCUUAUGGACCCUUGCAGCCAAAAUCUGCUGUCUUUUCCAAAAUUCUGUUGCCUUGUGUCGGGCAAGAAAAGCUCUUCCUAUAGAUAAGCUAGAACACUUGAAAGCACAGUUGGAUCUUUCAACUCAAAGUGAUAUCAUUGCUCAACUUGAAGAACUGAUAUCAAAACUUGAGCCUCUGGAUUCUGCAUGCAGCAGUAGGAGAAGCAGUAUUUCUUCACAUGAAAGUUUUAGCGUAUUAGAUUCUGGAAUUUAUCGUGUUAUUAGUCGAAGAGGGAGUCAAUCUGAUGAGGAUACUUGCUCCUUACAUAGUCAAACCCUAUCAGAAGAGGAAAGAUUGAAAGAAUUUCAGACACAGCAGGAAGAAGAGCACAUGGAAUUAGACAACGUGUCUCAUGCUUCUGUGGUGGUCGACACUGAUCGGAAUGAGACUUUUCUUCCAUUCAGUAUUCCAUUGUCAUUCCGUUCCCCAUCUCCUCUCGUCUCUCUUCAGGCUGUCAAGGACAGUGUUUCUAGUUUUGUACGUAAAACAACAGAGAAGAUUGAGAAGAUGGGUACUCAUGUCACUCCUGAUAAAACCAGACAAGACUUUAGAGAUGAAGAAGAACAACUUCCAGAAGUGACUGGCAAUAUACUUGAACAGCCACAGGAUGAAGAGGUUGAACUGCAGAACCAGCCCCCAGAAGAAGAACUGCUUAAAGAUUUGCGGGCAAUAACUGCCGAGACUCUAAUCAGACUGCAGGACCCACUGGUUUUCUUACAACCACAUUUAUUGAGGGCAGCUCUGCUAGACUGGAUUCCAGUUUUAGAAGAAACAUUUGGAUUCAACACAUCUACCAUUUUAGAUAAUGGCUUAUCUAAAACACACAGAAUGAUAUCUUUACAAGCUGAAGAAAAGCAAACUUUUGAAGGAGAUAAGGACCCGGAUAAAUGUCCUGAAUGUGUAGACAAGGAACAGCUCUCAAGGACAAACUAUGAAAGCAGUCAGGUACCAACAAAUCAGGGAGAGACUUUGGAAGAAAAUACUAAGCCAAGUAAUACCAGUCAGACUGAUGAAACACUAUGCAAAGAAACUGCUGGGUCAGAGAUGGCUUUCAGCCAGUCUUUUAAGAUUCAUCCCCCAUGUUUCAUUGCACAAAACAUUCAAAAGGAUCUGGUAGAGCUUACAACUCUAUCUUUUGAAUUAAAGCUAUAUGAGUGUUCACUAAUAAAUGAUGAACAGCCGGAAGCUUCCUGUGCAUUGGCUUGUAAGUUCAUAAAGGAAUAUUUUUUUCUUCUGGAUUUGGAAAGACUGAAGAACUGUAUUUUAACAUGUCACAGUGAUCAUGCCAUAAUUUGGGAAACAUAUAUGGAAGGACUAAAAGAACUUACUCUGGCAGGCCCAGUCACUAUGUCCCUGGAAAAUGGAGAUAUGUUUAAAACACUGAAAUUGUUAGUUGAUCUGGGUCCCUGGGAUGCUCCUGUGUUGCUGGCACAUGCCCAAAGGCUUUAUGAAAAAUUUGGAGAAACUGCUCUGAGGCCUCUGAUCAAGUUCUACCCUUCUAUUUUGCCAUCAGACAUCAAGCAAAUUUGUAAAAACAAUCCUGAACAUUUUCUAGCGUAUUUAGAUAGUUUAAUCAAAUCAAAGCCUGAAGACAAACAGUUGUCUUUCCUUAGAUCUCUUCUAUAUCCUGAAUCAUUGCAAUUAGAUUGGUUAUGUUUGGCGGUUUCUCAUGAUGCUCCACAGAAAGCAAGUACAAUGGAUGUCCAAGGAAAUCCACGGCCGCGUUCACAUUUAUUUACUUGGGGAUAUAACCAACUGAUUUUACUGUUACUUAAGCUCCCGACUGAUAUUAUAACAAAAGAGAAGAUGUCUGACAUAUGCAAAUGUUAUGGUUUCUGGUCUGGAUAUCUCUCUCUCUGUUUGGAACUGAAUAGAAGAACUGAAGCACUUGCUAAUAUUGUUCAUUUGGAUGAUAUGAAUUUGUUGGAUAGAGAAAAUGGGGCAAUCCCAGAAACAAUGGAAGAAUGGAAGUUUCUUCUUUGCCUUAUAAAGAGUCACCAGAGUAGUGCUUUUCAGCCUGUUUUACAAAAUGGUGGCACUUUUAACCACAGCACUCCAGAUUGGUCAAAUUCUGUUACUAUUGAAAAUGUAUCUCUCCUGUUGGCCAGAGUAGUUGGCCCAGAUUGUGCUUUCCAGCUGUUGCAAGAAUGUGGCCUGAUGGAUAAAUUAUCCGAAAGAUUUGCCAAGGUCUGUGAGAUAUUAAGAAUUGCUGAAAAAAGGCAAAGAGUCCUAAUUCAGUCCAUGCUGGAAAGAUGUGACCGAUUCUUAUGGUCUCAACAAGCAUAGUAAAUGGUUCUAGAAUACUUUGGCAAUAAGAAAAAAAAUGGUUCUUCCUGUAUGGUACAAUUCCCAAGAAAGGUCCUUUCUCUAUGAAAAUAUGAAUUAUGUCAGACUUGGAAAGAGUGAAGGCAACAAAUCUCCUUUUUUUCUACUGGAUAUCUGUUCUUAGGAUAUAUAUUAGGAAACCAUUGGUGUGCAGUGCUGCUGUCCCAUGGAUCAAAGCAGUUGUGCCAAGGAAACCUGAAGGGGAAAACUCUGCCCUCCCCUCUUCUACCCUUCAAAUAAGCUGUGUAGAGCUGGGAAACUCAGAAGUAGAUUUUGGGACAGUGCAGAAGUAUGGACACCAUUAAAUUUUUACAUAUAUUAUUAGAUGAUAUUGCAGUAAGGAUACUGAUAUAUGGUAAGCAGUUUGGGCUAUCAUUGUUUGAAUUGUUCACUGGGAUGUUUUAGCUUGGAAAAGAGGUUGCUCAUUUUCAAAAUGUACGUUUAAAAUUAUGAUGCUAAUCAAAAAGCUGAAAACUUUUGUCAUGUUCCUAGCAAAUUACCUUUUAUUGUAUGCAAAACUGAAUGUAUGUGGCAGCAUAAGCCUUUACAUUUACUUUUACAUAGAGUGAAAAGGGCUGUGUAUUUUUUAAUUAAAUUGAAUAAUUGUCAAUAAUAGCUGUUGAUCUGAUACACAGUUAAAAAUGAAAGGAUGUUAAAUAUCUAUUUUUUUUUUCAUCCAGUUACACCCACAGAUGGGCAGAUGUACACACAGUACUUCAAAUACUCACAGCACUUUAGACUUUGAAGUGCUUAUCAAGAGAUGUCAGUAGUUAAAUAUAGAAGCCGCACGUGCAUAUAUUAGAAAUGAAUCUCUUAGCAUUUUAUAGGGCUGACACAGUUAUUGUAUGUUAUGGCAGGCUACUUCCUUGCCCCAUUACAUAAACUAUCUACUAGAGAACAUUCUAAGCAUUUGGUGUGGUUGGGAAUGUGGGAUCUUUUGCACUAUGUUGUCUUUGUCCUGCUGAAAUGACAAUUUUAUUCUAUGCAUGCUUACUCAAGAGUGAGCUCCACCGUUCAUUGGCUCUGAUGCCCAGUCUAUGUAUGCAAAGGAUUGCACUCUCAAAUGGCAUAGGAUUGUUUGCAGCUAUAGAACUGGAAAUAAUGAAAUAUUUUUGGCCCACUCCUAUGUUGCUUAAGGCUGAUGCUAAGUAAUGAAAAUGUAUUUCUAGCUCCACUAAAGUUAUAUUUGUUGGAGAUUUGAGAUAAUGCAUUUUCCAUGAAUCAAUGAUUGCUAAAGCCUAAUAAUAAUGAAUGGGAACAAGGUUCCUGUUGCUAUUGGUGUACUGUUCCUUCUUUUUUCUUAUUAUCUGGAAUAGCACAAUUUCAUAUUCUUGUAUCUUCAGGUCUACUGCUUUAUUAUAAAAGAUACUCGAGAUUUCUAAUUGUUCAUGAUUUGCAAAGCAUUGAAAUAAUUGCCUUCUUUUUGCAGUCUUGCUUUUAGAAGCAAUAACCCCCCCCCCCCAAAUCCCUAUUUGUUAUACAGUUUUUUUCCACAACACCUUUCUAUAUUUUUGUUAAUCCCAUGUUUGAUGUUGGCUUCAUUGGCAUUCUGGAGGCAAUUUCCAGAAAUCCCGCUGUUUGUAAAACUCACUUACAUGGUUCCUUGAAUUUGAGCUCUAUUGUGUAAAUGAUUAUUUACUACCUCACAUACAUUUUGAGAGAAGGUCUUACAGUUUUAAGGCUGCUACAGAUGCACAAAGUGAGCUCAUGAAAUAGUACUUUUCAAACAGAAUAUGGUGUAAAAUGUUGUCAACAUGAUGUGGAACAACUAAAAGUUUUCUUUUGUAUUUUGCUACAUCUCAUUUUAAUUGAUUUCUGCACAAAUACUAUUAUUUUUAAACACUGUUCAUAUUAACAGCAGCUUUAAAAGAUUGCUUGUAACUAAACAGCUUUGGUUAUGGUUUUCACUAACCUGAAAUUAAAUAAAGUUAAUAUAUAUAAUACUAUAA